CGAAUUCUUGGUAGCAACUUUGCCUAAUCCUUUGUAAGUGAAAAGAUUGCGAGGAUGUUGCAUAAUAUAUUGUACCUACAUGUAUUCCAGUCGUUCAGCUUUUUUAAUCAACUUCGCAUUUUCGAAAGAUUUCAUUCAGUGAUUAUCAAUGAAUCAAAAAGCUGUCUGUUGUGUUAGAACACUUCAGAGACUUCAGAGAAAGACUGUCCACUGUAAAAGAUACUUCAAGCAUUUAGCUCUACUGCAAAAUCUUUUAGAAUUGCAAAACAAGAAAAGGAAGUCGUUGUCCAAAAGCUUUUGUUCGCAUUAUUCAGUUGCUCAUUCUCAAAAGUUAUCAGCCAUGGAUUCAGACAGUAAAAUUGCAGGCCAGACAUUUCAGCCAGAUCUGUCCCUGGAAGGUGUGCUGGUAGAGAACCAUAUCAUAGGCGUAGCCCCCUUAGAUGGAAAUUUAGGAGGAAAACAGCUGGGAAAGUCAAAGCGGAGAAAGCCCAGGAAGAAAAAAGUUAGCAAAAGCGGACUCAAUGAUUCACCCCUGUCGAAAGCCUCAGUUGACCCAAGUUUGGAUAGCCCGUCAUGCAAUAAAGGAUCGCCUGGGUUAGAAGCCUUUGUACAAGCAUCAUCAACACCAACAGAUGAUAUGUGUAACUCAGGCAAAUCGAGCAAAAGCAGGUCCCAGAAAAGGAAUUAUCAUAGCGAAACAACACCAAGCAAAGGUGGCAUUCCAAAAAUGAACUGUAAUGAGUACUGGCCAUUAGCACGCGUCGAGGAAAGUAUAAAAGAGGGAACAGUUAUUGCAGGAACUUUCAGAAUCAGCCAACGGAAUUACAGCAAUGCUUACAUUACGUCUUCCGAUGGAGAUGGGGACAUCCUUAUAGAAGGUUUUAAUCAUAGAAACAGAGCAUUUCAUGGGGAUAUCGUCGCUGUUGAGAAAAUGGAAGAAGAAGAAGGGCUUAAACGCGAGGUACAAGAUAUAGCAAGACGGCUGGCCCUAGAAGUUGGCAACUUGCAGAUAACAGAAGAGAACAUAAAGAAAACCGACAAGAAGCGCGGGCGAGUUGUUCGCAUAUUGGAGAAGAAGCACAGCCGAAAAUUAGCUGGGAUGCUGAAGCAGUAUAAAAAUAAUGCAUUUGGCUUUGCAUUAUUGUCUCCACAGGACAGUCGCUUACCAAGGCUGAUGAUAUCUCUCAAUGAUUGUCCUAAGGAUUUUCUGACUAGGCCACAGGACUUUGAAAAUGUUCUUUUCAUGGCUGAGGUCACAGACUGGAAGCGUACGAAUGGGAUGGCCUCUGGAAAGCUUAUCAAGGAGCUAGGUGCAAGUGGGGAAAUCGUGCCAGAAACUGAAGGUUUCUUGGCUGAAUACAGCGUAGACGAUUCAGCAUUUCCCGAAGAUGUUCUUGCCUGUUUGCCUGGUGAGUUCCCAUGGAAAAUUCCUGAUGAAGAAUAUGCAAAGAGACGAGAUCUUCGUCAUGACGUCAUCUUUACAAUCGACCCUGCAACAGCAAGAGACCUCGAUGAUGCUUUGUCAAUUAAACAAAACGAGGAUGGUAACUUUGAGGUUGGAGUACACAUUGCUGAUGUUAGUUUUUUCAUUGAAGAAGGGAAUGCUUUAGAUAACGCAGCAGCCAGCCGAGCUACAAGUGUUUACUUGGUUCAGAAAGUCGUUCCUAUGUUACCACGAGCCUUGUGUGAAAAUCUUUGCAGCUUGAACCCAGGCGAAGAUAAGCUUACAUACAGCGUUAUUUGGACAAUAACUCCAGAUGGAAAAGUUUUAGAGGAAUGGUUUGGGAGGUCAGUGAUUCGAUCAUGCACUAAGCUGUCAUACGAUCAUGCCCAGCAGAUGAUAGAAACAGAUGAUCCGAAUUCACUUGACUGGACGCAAUUCCCAGAGAUUGGUGGCUCGUGCAAACUCACUGAUGUUUACCAUUGUGUUCAUAAUUUGUACCAGCUGUCUCUUCAUUUGAGAAAAAGGCGCUUUGACUCUGGUGCUCUCGCUCUGAAUCAGCCCAAGUUGACAUUUACAUUGGAUCUAGAGACUGGCUUACCGAAUGGGUUUGGUAUGUUUCUUGCGAGAGACAGCAACCGCCUUGUGGAAGAAUUUAUGCUCCUUGCUAACAUGGCCGUGGCACAUCGCCUUGUCAGGUCAGUGCCCGAGCAUGCGCUGCUACGAAGGCACCCAUUUCCCAAUUCCAAAAUGGUAGACGACCUGCUCACACUUUGCAAACGUUGUGACAUUGGGCUAGAAACAGGAACAUCAAAAGAUCUUAAUUCUUCACUUGAAAAACUGAAGAACUCUGAUCUGCCUAACAAAGAAGCGAUCUAUUUUGCGCUAGUCUCUCUGUGUUCAAAGCCGAUGCAACUGGCGAAAUAUUUCUGUGCAGGAGAAAUUGAAGAUGUCAAUCAAUAUCGUCACUAUGCCCUCAACGUUCCAUUAUACACACACUUCACCUCACCAAUUCGACGCUACCCAGAUGUUAUAGUCCACAGAAUGCUAACAGCCGCUUUGCAGGAGCAGAAAGUCAAACAAGGUGUGCAAGAACUUAAGAAGGUUGCAGAUCAUUGCAACGACAAAAAGACCUCGGCUAAGAAGGUGCAAGAGCUAAGUGUUUUGUUGUUUUUCAAUGCGUACAUUCGUGAAGCUGGAGAACUUCGUGAAUCGGCUGUUAUUGUAGGACUGCUCGGCAGUGCAGUGGAUGUUCUGCUGUUGCAUUCUGGGUUUGUGAAGCGAAUAUACUGCAAUUCAUUGUCAUUGCACAAAUGGAAAGUCUCGAAAGAGAGCAAGGAUACGAUGAAGAUCUAUUGGAAGGAUGAAAACGAGGCUGAGUUAGAGGCGGACGAAAAAGGAACAAUCAAUAAACAAAAGACGAAUGAUGGUGAAGCUGCUGGUUCCACGAUAGGCCUAGAACAAACCCUUCAAAUCUUUGACAAAAUCGAAGUUAUAUUGAGGUCAGAGAAAAAGGACCGAUCUUCUUACACAGUCAAUGCGUACAUUCCGAGACCAGAGACAUGAACAGGAGUGCCCAAGAUUAGCAACACGUAUAAAUAUGUCAAAAACUGUCUAAUACUAUCACUAAUACGUCAUUUGUGUUUGGAAAUUAUUGUCACGCGUUUGCCAUUUUAAAACUUUAUCAAGCGCGUUGACGUUGUAUUUUUAGUGGGAGAGUUUUAAGAACUAUUUUAACCAUCUCUGUCUUUUAAUUUAUUAGCUUACGAAAGAGAAAAGUCUUAAAUUUGUUGUGUAUUAAGUAAUAGUUGUGCAUUGUUGAGAAAUGGGCCGGGAGUAGUGAACUGGGAGAGUGGGGAGUUUGCUUUGACUUGGGAUGAUUUAAAGGGCCACAAUAUCCUGGCAGGCCCUGUUUUGCAACCUAAAUUCUUCCAGCUGUUAAAAAUGAUUUCACUGCAAAAUAUACGCAAUUCCUAAAAUUUCUACCUGUUU